AAAGGCUCUGCAGAGUGAGCAGGCCACAUAGUGCUUGCCUCUGCAUCCAGCAGCCAGCCGACAACCCUUACCUGCUCCCUUCUCUUGCCCAGGCUGGGCAAGUAAACAACACUCUGCUUAGAGAAGCCCAGCUCUCCAGCGUGAUUGCGCCCACACUGCUCUGUGGCUUUCUCUACUUGGUGUGGGUUGCUGCUGAAGUUCCAAAGGCCAGCAGAGGGAUGGCUGCCAGCGGAGCCAGGAGACGGGAAGGCCCCCGGGAGCAUGCCUUCAUCCCAGAGCCUUUUGAUGGGGCCAGUGUAGCCCCCAGCCUCUGGCUGAACCGCUUCGAGGUCAUCAACGACCUCAACCAUUGGGACCACACCACCAAGCUCAGGUUCCUGAAAGAGUCGCUCAGGGGAGACGCCCUGGAGGUCUACAACGGACUCAGUCUCCAGGACCAGGGAGACUACGGGAUGGUGAGGGAGACCCUUCUGAAGGCCUUCGGGGGCCCCAGUGCCACUCUCAGCCACCAGCCCAAAGAGAUCCUGUUUGCCUACAGCAUGGGCAAGGGCUACUACCUCAAGGGGAUGAUUGGCCCAGUGUCGGUGAGGUUCCUGGUGGACUCGGGGGCCCAGGUCUCUGUGGUCCACCCGAAGUUGUGGGAGGAGGUCACCGACGGCGAUCUGGAUACCCUGCGGCCCUUCGAGAACGUGGUAAAAGUGGCCAACGGGGCCGAAAUGAAGAUCCUGGGUGUGUGGGACACAGUGAUUCGCCUGGGCAAGCUGAAGCUGAAGGCUCAGUUCCUGGUGGCCAACGCGAGCGCCGAGGAAGCCAUCAUCGGCACCGACGUGCUGCAGGACCACAACGCCGUGCUGGACUUCGAGCACCGCACCUGCACGCUCAAGGGAAAGAAGUUCCGCCUCCUGCCGGUCGGCGGGAACCUGGAGGAUGAGUUCGACCUGGAGCUCAUCGAGGAGGAGGAGGAGCCCUCCGUGGAGGGGAGGCGGCAGCAGCACUCCCAUUAAGAAGCCCCCUUUUCCUUGUCCCCCCAAGAUAGGUAGGGAGACCCACCAUUGUGCGGGGGGCACAUGUCCUCUGGGGAAAUCUAACGCUGGCUCUCCACUCCCCUCCCUCUGCAGGGGCCUUUCUCUGCCCCUGGUGGGGGAGGCUUCAUGGAAACAGCAGGGGGAAGGAGAGCAGGGCGGCAUGCUCAGAGAGAGGGUCCCCACGGUCCUCAAGCUAUUGUUGGUGGCAAAGACUGGAAGGCUAGAAGCAGCUUCCCAGGAGGUGGAAAUAUCUGUCUUGGAGAGAGGACUGGGGGAACCCCUUCACAUCCCUAAGAGGUGGUUCUGUCACCUCCGAGUUCUUGAAGCCUGCUCAGCUGGGGCUGGGUCCUUGUCUGCAGGACCCUUAGGAGCCAGGUCCAGCUCUCAGGCUGGGGUUGACAGUUGCCCUGAGAGCCUCCCUGGGGAGCCUUCCCACCUGCUCAACGGUAUGUUUCCUUCUGUCAUUUGCUUUGAAACCCCUGAUCCUUGCGCCAAUAAUUCAAUUACUUCAAAACCAAUAAAGACCAGUUGAUGGAAGAA